AUGACACAACACAGGGAACACCAACCUUCCAGUUCCUCAACGACUCUUCAAGACACACACAACACCGACAACACUUCGGACCACGACUACGAUGCCGAAAUCCACCAACUAGCUCGAAGAAUAACAAGUCAAUCCGCGACAUCUGGCCACGCUCCUCUAUUCCCCCUUGGCGAAAACACCUCCCUCGAUCCCGAAAGCCCUCACUUCAAUCCCAAGAAAUGGGCCAAAGCGUUUCUCAAGACACGCACCGCUGCCGCAGACGGAAACACCCCCCGAACAGCAGGCAUCGCCUUCAAGAACCUCGAUGCCUUUGGUUUCGGCCAAGCGACAGACUUCCAAAAUACUUUGGUCAACAUCUUUCUCAACGCUACUAGCGUUGUGAGAAAGAUUGGCGGGUACAAGGGUCAGCGCAUCGACAUUCUACGAAACCUCGAUGGUCUUGUUGAGGCGGGUGAGAUGCUUUGCGUCUUGGGUCCUCCUGGCUCUGGAUGCUCUACUCUUCUUCGAAGUAUCUCGGGCGAAACACACGGCUUCCAUCUCGGCGACGACACAGUCCUCAACUACCAGGGUAUCCGACCGGAGCAGAUGAAGAAGGCCUACCGAGGUGAAGCCAUCUACACUGCUGAAGUCGAUCACCACUUCCCCCAUCUGACCGUCGGCGACACCCUCUACUUCGCCGCUCGUUGUCGCUGCCCACCAACAGACAAGCUUCCCCACGGUGUCACUGCACAAGAGUAUGCUGAGCAUUUGCGCGAUGUCAUCAUGGCCAUGUUCGGUAUCUCACAUACCAAGAACACAAGGGUUGGCAACGACUUUGUGCGCGGUGUCAGCGGCGGUGAACGCAAGAGAGUCACAAUCGCAGAGGCAGCUCUUGGUUAUUCACCUCUGCAGUGCUGGGACAACAGUACCCGAGGCCUUGAUAGCGCCAAUGCCAUUGAGUUCUGUCGAGUCCUCCGCACGCAAGCUGAUGUCCUCGGCAUUUCGUCUUGCGUCGCUAUCUAUCAAGCGCCGCAAAGCGCUUACGAUCUUUUCGACAAGGUAGUUGUUCUGUAUGAGGGUCGUCAGAUCUUCUUUGGAAGAACAGGCGAUGCGCAGGCCUAUUUCGAGAACCUGGGCUUUGUUUGUCCCGAGCAACAGACCACCGCCGACUUUUUGACAUCAAUGACCAACCCUGGCGAGAGAAUCGUUCGUCCUGGCGCCAAUCCUCCACGUACCUCUGACGAAUUCGCUCUCGCAUGGAAGAACAGCCAGGAUCGAUCCAGAUUAAUUGACGAGAUCGACUACUACAUUGAACAGCACCCAUUCGACGGACCAGAUCUCCAACGAUUCUCCGAAUCACGAAGACUCGACCAAGCACGCGUUCAACGAGAGAAGUCGCCCUUCAACCUCUCCUUCUGGCAACAGUACACCAUCAAUCUCUGGAGAAGCGUCAAAAUGCUUCUCGGCGACCCAAGCAUCACCCUCACCAUGCUCAUCACCAACAUCUUUCAAGCUCUGAUCGUGUCCAGCAUUUUCUACAAUUUGCCACACAACACAACCAGUUUCUUCCGCCGUACAACCCUCCUCUUCUUCAUCGUCGUCAUGAAUGCUUUCAGCAGCGUUCUCGAGAUCAUGACUCUUUACGGGAAGAGAAAGGUUGUGGAGAAGCAGUCUCGCUAUGCAUUCUACCAUCCUAGUGCUGAGUCACUAGCAGCUAUGGUCACUGAUCUUCCUUACAAGGUGACCAACGCGAUUCUGAUGAAUACCACGUUAUACUUCAUGUGUAACUUGCGUCGCGAGCCUGGUCCCUACUUCGCCUUUUUGCUCUUUUCGUUCGCGCUCGCGAUGUGCAUGUCGAUGAUGUUUCGCUUCAUUGGCUCCGCGACCAAGUCCAUCUCUCAAGCAUUGGCGCCGGCGUGUGUUAUCUUGCUCGGUUUGGUCUUGUACUCUGGGUACUCUAUCCCAACAGAAUACAUGCAUGGAUGGCUUGCCUGGAUCCGAUGGAUCAACCCCGUCUUCUAUGGUCUCGAGAGCGUGUUCUUGGUUGAGUUUCAUGGUCAAGAGUACUCGUGUUCCAGCUUUGUUCCCAGCGGCGCUGGUUAUGAGAACUUGAGCUCUGGUGAACAAGUUUGCAACAUCGCUGGGUCUGUUCCCGGACAAUCCUUUGUCAGAGGUGAAGAUUACCUGCGCACUUCAUUUGGCUUUGUGAACAGCCAUCGAUGGAGGAACUUUGGUAUUCUCAUCGUGUGGGCUCUUUUCUACAUGGCCCUCCACCUUUUGACAACCGAGUACGUGGCUUCUGAGCGCUCCAAGGGUGAAGUCCUGGUCUUCCUUCGUGAGUCGAUGCACAAGGUCUCCGGCAAACGUGCCACCGAUGAGGAGUCAGGUUCCAGUCUGCCCGUCGGAAAACAAGAGGCUGCUGGCAACUCGAGCGAGAAGGUCGAGGUUGAAAGACAAACAUCUGUCUUCCACUGGAAUGAUGUCUGCUAUGAUAUCAAGAUCAAGGGCGAGGAGCGCAGGAUUUUGGAUCACGUCGAUGGUUGGGUUAAGCCCGGUACAUUGACUGCCCUCAUGGGUGUUUCGGGUGCCGGCAAAACCACCCUCCUCGAUGUCCUUGCUAGCCGUGUCACGAUGGGCGUCGUUUCUGGUGAGAUGCUUGUCAACGGUCACCAGCGCGACUCUUCCUUCCAACGGAAGACCGGAUACGUCACCCAACAGGACUUGCACCAAGCCAGCUCGACGGUACGAGAAGCUCUACGAUUCAGCGCUAUCCUUCGACAACCAGCCAAGUACAGCAAGCAAGAACGUAUUGACUACGUUGACACUGUCAUUUCGCUUCUUGGAAUGGAUGCUUACGCCGAUGCCAUCAUCGGUGUUCCCGGCGAAGGACUCAACGUUGAACAACGCAAGAGACUCACCAUCGGAGUGGAACUUGUCGCCCGACCCCAACUUCUUCUCUUCCUCGACGAACCCACCUCCGGUCUUGACAGUCAAACUUCAUGGUCUAUUUGUGAUCUGAUGGAGACAUUGACCAAGAGCGGCCAGGCCAUCUUGUGUACCAUUCACCAACCCUCCGCUAUGCUGUUCCAACGAUUCGACAGACUUCUUCUACUUGCCAAGGGAGGUAAGACCGUCUACUUCGGCGAGGUCGGCCAAAAUUCGCAGAUCUUGAUGGACUACUUCACCCGCAACGGAGGACCGUCUUUGCCGCCCAAGGCCAACCCUGCUGAACACAUGCUUCACGUCAUCGGAGCUGCUCCAGGUGCCCAGACCGACGUCGAUUGGCCUGCUAUUUGGAGGAAGUCUCCCGAGUAUGAGUCUGUGCAGAGAGAGCUUCAAUCACUCAAGUCUGAGAGUUCGUCGGGCCAGACACAAGUUUCAGCUGGUGAUGACUCUGAGUACAAGGAGUUUGCGUCUUCAUACACAACUCAACUAUGGGAGGUGACCAAGCGGCUUUUCCAGGGGUACUGGAGGAAUCCCCAGUACAUGUACUCCAAGGUCCUUCUUUCUGUCGGCGCUGCUCUUUUCAUCGGACUUUCUGUCAUGGACAGCAGUAACACCAUUCGUGGACUCCAGAACCAGAUGUUCGGCGUCUUCCUCUUCUUGACCAUCUUCUCUCAGGUAGCUGAGCAGAUGAUGCCUGUCUUUGUGGAGCAGCGAAUGUUGUUCGAAGCUCGCGAGCGCCCUUCCAAGACAUACUCAUGGCAGUCUUUCAUGUUUGCCAACAUCACUGUUGAGGCUGCCUGGAACUCAUUCAUCGGUGUCUUUUCCUUUAUCGUCUGGUACUACCCCAUCGGCCUCUACCGCAACGCCGAGUGGACGAACCAGGUCGACUCACGCGGAAUCACCAUCUUUCUCCACGUCUGGAUGUUCUUCCUCCUCACCUCCACGUUCACGCACAUGAUCAUCGCCGGCCUUCCCGAUUCUGACACUGCAGCGGGUAUCCUCAACCUGAUCUUCAUCAUGAUGUUCGCCUUUUGCGGUGUCCUCGCUGGUCCGAAUGUGCUUCCUCGCUUCUGGAUCUUCAUGUACCGCGUCAACCCAUUCACCUACGUGGUGGAAGGCUUCCUCGGUACAACACUCGCGAACGCACCCGUCACUUGUGCUGCGAAUGAGAUUCUGGACUUUAAGCCCACCAACGGAUCGACUUGCAGCGAGUUUCUCUCUGCUUACAUCACUGAUCAUGGCGGGUACCUUCACGGUGGAAGUGGGAGCAGCACUACCGAGUGUCACUAUUGUCCCAUGGCCAACACCAACUCUUUCCUCAAGUUGAUCAACAUCAACUUCGACAACCGCUGGAGAGACUUUGGACUUCUUUGGGCUUAUGUAUUGUUCAACUGUGCGGCUGCUGUUGCUAUUUACUGGUUGGUUCGGGUUCCUAAGAAGAGCAAGAGCAAGAAGGCGUAG